AUGUACAUUGAAUAUGAAAUGCGGAAAAAGUUGCCGCCGGGUCCUCUGGGACUACCAUUUGUCGGUUAUCUACCCUUUCUUAAGGGCGAGCCCUCCAAAACGUUCGUACAAUUGGCCAAAAAAUAUGGACCAGUUUUUGGUAUACAAUUGGGUUCGUGUCCAGUAGUGGUACUCAAUGACUGGCCGUCAAUAAAAGAGGCACUUUCUGACGAUACGGCUCUAUAUCGGCCUAAAGACAACGCGUUUAACACAGCAUUUCCUUCUGGAUUUACAGCAAUAAAUGGUGACGUUUGGAAAGAGCAGCGAAGGUUUGCUUUGCAUCAGUUGAGGAAUCUUGGUUUCGGCAAGACUUCAAUGGAAGACCACAUCAUCGAUGAAAUCAAUCAUUUGUCACAACUCUUGGACACCAAAGAGGGGCAGGAAAUAGAGUUCAGGACUAUAUUCCCGAUUAGUGUCUCAAAUAAUAUCAAUUCCCUUAACUUCGGCCGACGUUUCGAGUAUACGGACAGCAAAAAGUUAACGAUCGACGAGUUCUUAAAGCCCGACCCGACCCUAAGUUUAACAGGGUUAAUUGCUUUUUUCCCCACUUUGACCCGAAUUGUAUUUAAAUAUCCGACAUUUUUUGUGCCGCCAUUUCUACGCAGAAUUAGGACUGUUAUCGACGGAGUGACUGAUAUUGUCAGAUCUGAAUACGAAACACAUGUGAAAACUAUUGAUAAAAACAAUAAUAGGGAUUAUUUGGACGCUUUUAUCAAUGAAAUGCAAAAACAAGACAAUAACGAAAAGACAUCUUUUAAAUAUGAAAUGCUGCUGGGAAAUGCCUUAACACUAUUUGGUGCGGGUUCUGCCACUACCCUCGAGUGGUCGCUAUUGAUUUUGGCCACUAAUCCGCAAAUACAACAACAGAUACACAAAGAGAUCGAUGAAGUGAUUGGCAAAGAAAGGAGUCCUAAGUUCGCCGACAGAAACCAAAUGCCAUAUUUGCAGGCAUUCAUGUAUGAAGUUUGGAGGUUUAGGACAAUCACAGCAGUCAAUUUACCACGA